AUGUUUCGUUCCGACAAGUUCCGACUGGACGACGAGGUGACGGAAAAAGCUGGUCCAGAACGAAGUUGCUGCCGACAAUUGGCGUCGUUUCCGAGAGGAGCGGCCCGGGCGGUGGCGGAGUGGUUCACCAGCUGCUGCAGGUCGCGGGAUGGGACGGAGGAGACGGGGCAGGACGACCGGCAGACGCUCAUUAGCGAGCGACCCUUCCAGUUCCCGAGACAGGCGGCAUCGUCGUUUUUGAGGCCGAGCACGCCGAGCAGGAUGGACGUCGAGCCCCGGGUGGUGGCCACGCCGCCGCUGCGUCUCGAGCUGUGCGCCAAGUAUGAGACGACGAGACCGCCGCCGACGAGACAAAUGACGGAAAAGGUGCGAGAGAUGCAGACGACAGAUUGCCAACAACGGCCGCAGCCGAUGACGCAAUGUUGA